GGUAGUUUGACAUGUCGGCGCAUCCUGCUGGAGCAGCAUCAUGGUCCAGGUCGAGGCCCGGAGCGGUGCGGGCCAUCGGGGCGGAGGCUCUGGUGGCGCUGCUGGAGGGCGGGCUGGACCGCGUGCUGCUGAUCGACAGCCGCUCCUUCGUGGACUACAACUCCUCGCACAUCCUGGAGGCCGUCAACGUGAACUGCUCCAAGCUGAUGAAGAGAAGGCUGCAGCAGGACAAAGUGCAGAUCGCUGAGCUGCUGCAGCACUCAGCCAAGAAGAAGUUGGAGCUGCAGGGCGAUCAGGACGUUGUUGUUUACGAUCAGAGUUCUUCAGAUCCGAUGUCUCUGAGUUCUGAGUGUUUCCUCAGCGUCCUGCUGGGGAAGCUGGAGAGGAGCUUCCCCUCCGUCCACCUGCUGUCAGGUGGCUUCUGUGAGUUCUCCCAGCUGUUCCCUGGUCUGUGUGAGGGGAGGUCCUCUCUGGUUCCCUCCUGUAUGUCUCAGCCCUGCCUGCCCAUCGCCAACAUCGGGCCGACCUGCAUCCUGCCUCACCUGUACCUGGGCUGCCAGAGAGACGUCCUGAACAAGGAUCUGAUGCAGCAGAACGACAUCGUGUACGUCCUGAACGCCAGCAACACCUGCCCCAAACCGGACUUCAUCCCGGAGUCGCACUUCCUCAGAGUUCCCGUCAACGACUCGUUCUGCGAGAAGAUCCUGCCCUGGCUCGACCGCUCCGUGGACUUCAUCGAGAAGGCCAAAGCGUCCGACGCCCGCGUCCUCGUCCACUGUCUGGCCGGGAUCUCACGCUCAGCCACCAUCGCCAUCGCCUACAUCAUGAAGAGGAUGGACAUGCCGCUGGACGAGGCGUACAGGUUUGUGAAGGAGAAGCGUUCGACCAUCUCUCCGAACUUUAACUUCCUGGGUCAGCUGCUGGACUUCGAGAGGAAGAUAAAAAGUCCUGAAGCUAAAACAAAGUGCGGCGGUGAAGUCCUCGUUCCGCACGACGACGUGCAGCCCGCCGUGCGUCCGGAGGCCGCCGCGCCCCUCGCCCCGCUGGAGCCGCUCACUCUGCCGUGCGUGUUGGCCGACGCCCCCGAGGAGCGCCUGCUGGCUCAGGCGCUGAGCGGCCUGCAGCUCGUCGAUGCUCCUGAAGACAGCGCCCGGCUGAAGCGCUCCUUCUCCCUGGACAUAAAGUCGUACGGCGAGCCAGGCGGGAGCGCUCCUCACCGUGUGUUCGUGCCUCACGGAGCACCGGGCGACGCCGCCGAGUUUUUCAAACCGUCCGGCUUCAAGGAGGCGAGCGGUAAGCCGUGCCAGUUCUCGCCGGUGGAGGAAGUGUCGGAGCAGUCGACGCCGGAGCAGAGCCCCGACAAGGAGGAGGCGGGUGCUUCGCAGCGAGCCCCCCCGCCGGCCUCCUGCAAACCUUCACCUGCGGCGCCGAACUGCUCGUUGCACCGGAGCGGCAGCAUGGAGGAGAACGCCACCAGCUUCCUGUUCGGCCUCUCCCGCAGCCAGCAGCACCUCGCCAAACCGGGCUCCGGUGGCGCCCUGAAGGGCUGGCACUCGGACAUCCUGCUGGGCCCCGUCACCGUCUCCACCUCGUCGCUCGCCGGCGGCUGGUACCUCUCCUCAGACUCCACGCGCUUGUACUCCACCUCGGCUAUCCUGAGCGGCGGCAGCUUCGCCUACAGCUGCAGCCACGGGCUGGAGGCGGUGCGGCGCCGCAGCCGGCAGAGGACGGGCGACCGCGGGGAUUCGAGGAGGAGCUGGCACGAAGAGAGCAGCUUCGAGAAGCAGCUGAAGAGACGCAGCUGUCAGAUGGAGUUCGGAGACGCGAGGACGGACGGGCGGUCGAGGGAGGAGAUGGGGAAGAGUCCGGCGAGCUUCUCCGGCAGCAUGGAGGUCAUCGAGGUCUCCUGAGGCUUUGAUGGCGUCAACGUCUUGCAGAGAGACGGGCAACGCACAUCGGGCGCUCACACCGCCGAGCCGAGUCCGCCGGCAACACACAUUUACUGUUUGGUUAUAAAAUGUGAGACGUGAACAGUGUCAGUUCUGAAGUCUUUAACACAAAGCAGCAGAAACUUUGAAUCGUUGCAGAUAAAGUUCAGACUUCAGACACAACAAAUAACUUGAUGUGAAAUUAACACAAUACAUAUGAAUAAUAAUGAAUCUAGUGAGAGACGUGUUUAUAUCUAAAGACGCUGACCUUUUCUUCUCAUAUUCAAUAAUAAUAAUAAUAAACUUUGUUCGUAUAGAACCUUUCAUACUAGAGAUGCACAAAUUUAAAAUAAGUAAAAAAUAAACGGACAGAAAAGUUAAAUGUAAUAUAAAUUCUUUAUUAUAUUUCAGGAAGAAACUGAAUAAAUAUAAUGUGAGAAGGAAAACUACGAGCACAAUCAAGUAUUUGUUAUAAAUAUAAAGAAGAUUUAAUAAACUCACUUUUAUUGAUAAAAGUGAGUUUUCAUGUGAAGUUUAUCCUGUUCGACAUUUGAUCAAAGUCUGUCCAACUUUACACGAUCAGAACAAAUGUUUUAAUUCCUGAAUGUUUGAGGAACAAAUGUGUUGAAAUUCAUGCUUUUCGGUUGCCGAGCGUCGCCGAGCGUCCGGUGUGUGUUGCAGUAAGAACUCUUGAGUUUGAGACAAAAAGGAUGACGUACAUUUGUCCCACACUGACUCCGAGUCUUUGAACGCCUCGUCCUGUUUGUGGAGGAGCUGCUCGUCUUCAUGGUUUUUGUUGUCGGGACUGAAGUGUUGAUGUUGAACUUGAUCCUCGUUGUGUUUUGGGAUAAUGUUGCACUGUGGUGUGCAGAAUGAUGAUUAAAAUGUAUAAAAUUAUGA